GCAUGACCCUCUCGGGGUAUCUGCCGCCUCUCUGCGACCCCAAAGAUGGCAACUUGCUAAUGGACGGUGGCUACAUCAACAAUCUGCCAGCGGACAUUGCAAGGAACAUGGGUGCCAGAACAGUCAUUGCCAUUGACGUGGGUAGCCAAGACGAGACCGACCUCUGUAACUAUGGCGACUGCCUGUCUGGCUGGUGGCUGCUGUGGAAACGGAUCAAUCCCUGGGCAGAGAAAGUAAAGGUGCCAGACAUGGCAGAGAUCCAGUCUCGGUUGGCCUAUGUGUCUUGUGUGCGGCAAUUAGAGCUGGUGAAGAAGAGUGCAUACUGCGAGUACAUCAGACCACCCAUCGACCGCUUCAAGACCAUGGACUUUGGCAAGUUCGACGAAAAUCUAUGCUACAGCCAUGACAGACUUUAG